AUGCACAGGUUGGUUGCCCAGUGCCCGUAUGGUGCAUCUCCUGAUGCAAAGAGUCUUCUGAUGUCGCACGUGGUGUGCAGUGGGACGGGGUUGCCGGCUGGCACUAUCGAACACACGUAUUAUUCGCAGAGGUCCCCGGCGGCGUUGACCUGCGACGAGGGCGGCAUGUGUGGCGUGGGUGCAGGUGGCGCCAGUAGCUGCCACUACGCCGCCCCAACUUUGCCCUACGUCGACCUCGUUGCCUCUGCGAGUAGCUCUACUCCGUCGCAUGCGCGUGUCGCUGCCAUGCAGGACGAGCACCCUGCGUGUUCACCUUACAGCAGCAGCGCCGUGGCCAUGAGUGGCCGCCAGACUGGGCGUAGGCCGAGGAACCUCAACGCGGAGUUGGAAGGCGCCGACGGCCGAGCGAGUCUGCGGAAAAUGUAUCUGUGAAAAUUUGAAGUAUGAGGGGAGGGCCUCCGCGGACCGAAUUAUGAUGUCGGAUCUCAUCGAGGGGAAGCAACUUUCAAAGCUUGUCUUGUAAACAACGUUUGCAGUGGUUUAGGUUUGCUAGUUUGCAGACGAAUUCGGUUUAGUGGUUUUUUUGUUUAUUUAAUGGUAUCACGACGUAUUUCCCCGUUCAAAUUACGCGAAUUAAUUGUGGUUGACAUUUUCGGAACGAUUUUCCAUCGUUGAACUGAUCGUCAUCUUGAGAUAUAAAUUUGAGUACGGUCUUCACGCUGCAGUGAUCAUAUGCGGAUUUGUAAUUGCUAGGUAGCCUUACCAGAAAUGAGAUGUUCUCUUGUUUAUUGAACCACUGAACCGAAUUCAGCAAGCAGCGCGUGAAGGAAUUCGAUGUGCAUCAUCGAAAUUUGUGGCUUAAAAACUAAAGAGGAAAAAGAUGCAGGUUCUGAGUGAACCUGAUUUUCUGCUGUAUGAAGCACGCCGUUCCAUCAGUCCGAGAUUUGGUUUUUCUAGUGUUUUCUAGUCGUGGCUAAAUCAAAUCAGCGUCGAACUUCUGGGUUCUCUUGCGGUGGCUGAUGCUUGGGGGUAUUGUAAUGAGUCAAGAGCGUUUAGGAAAGAUGUAGCCUUCGAUCUUCCGGAAUUUUAGAUGAACAGCGAAUGGAAUGUUUAGGUAGUCGAGUUACAGUCUUUAGUAUAGUCGCUUUCCAUUCGUGAAUGUGUGUAGCAAGUGUUUAAACUGGAGCUUGAGUGUAACGGCAUGUGGGCGGCGAUUUGGGAGCAAACCGUGAGCAUAAAUUUUGCGAAUGUUGUUCGUGUGUGACUUUUGGUACUUCCCCCUCCUUUUUUUUAGUCACGCUGAUGUGAUUUUCGUUGUGGUUUUUGCACCAUUGGGCGAAACAAUUCAUUUCCUUCAGCAGUGUAGUCUUUCAGAAAAUUUCUUCGCGCGGAAUUUUUUGUCUGCGAUUUUUUUUUUUUUUUUUUUCAUCUUUUGGAGCUCAAAAGUCAACAUCGAGUGGCGUGGAACCUCGAGUACCACGUUGGCAGCUAGCUGUACCUUGAGUUUUUGUAUGCUCUCGAAAACGCUCAGACUGUGAUUUGAAUUCUAGUGUUCCGCGGAACGAGUUUUUAGUUCGAUUUUUAUUUCUGUUUCCUCGAUCGAAACAUUUUUUAGAAGUGAACCAUGAUGCAGGCAAUUGUGCGCACAACUUUUGGACGCAGUGUGAGGAGAAUGGGAGGGAUUUUGUAAGCUACGUGCUGCGAGUGGCCAGUUUGUCUUCAUUUCUGUCGGGUUAUUUUUCUAUGUGGAAGAAUCUGGAAUGGCUUGAGUGGUCACUGAGUGCUGCACAAAAAAAAUGAUGAUCAAUGUUGGCGUCGUCGUCACAUAUCUUGAAGAAUCUCGGCCAUUCACCGGCUCUUCUCGUAUUCGGGGCUCCUAAGUGUUCUUCUUAUGUCGACGAUGCUCUCUAUGUUUCAGCGUUUAUUGCUGAGAAUUUUUUUUCGCACUUGAGUGCGAUAGUUUAUCUUGAUGUGGGAUCUUCGGCGGCUUUUGAAAUAUUCAGGGUGGCGUUUUCGUUUCCGACGGAGAGGAAAGCUUCGAAUUCCUCAUCGUUUCUUGAUGGGAUUCAGAGACUGAACAGAUGAAAUGUGUUCUUAACGAUCAAAUUGUCGAUGCAUUGACAGAAGACAUUUUUUAGUUAGGUAUGCCGACUCCGUGAGAAUGGAAAGUAUUUUUUGCGCGUAUAGUUAUUUGCGCGGAUUUUUUUUUUUGUCCCCGGAUCUGUUUUCCGCUUGACCCGUUAGAAGAAUUAAUUCGUGAUCUCCGAUUUUGCAAGAACUUCACUAUUUUCUACAGAAACGAAUUUUUUCGUAGGUUUUUUUUCUCUGGACAAACAAUCGACUCUCCCAGAACGGCAGUCAUGAUUUUUUGUUGUAUGCGUUUGAGAAAUCCAAAGAUUUUUGCUGGAAUGUUCCAGCACUGCCUGUGUUACCGAAUUGAAACUUGAAGUUAGCGGUCGAUUAUUUUAUGAAAUGCUGGUGGAACAUGUUUCUUUUCCGUUGGGAUCGAUUUUCGUUGAAAAUGCUUCGCCGAUGUUGAAAAUUCGUUCUUGUUGACUCUAGAAUCCGUUUGAGUGUCAAUUUAGCAGGCCUCGUUUUGUUGUAAUUUUUGAUGUGACGAUUUGGGGAGUGAAUCUGUAAGGUGUGUUCUACAGCUGAAUGACGAGGUCGGCUCGGCUUCGUUUUUUGAUGUCGUGCUGCACUGAAAAUUUGUUGAAAAAGUCAGACUUUCACAAUGUAGACUAAUCAGCGUUUACAGGCAUUUUACGCGCAGUCAUUAUACACUACAUUUUUGUCUGGAGAAAUACGGAACUGAGAACGGGAAAUAUAUACCGAAUGUCGCAUUUCUAA